CGGCCCGCAGCCACAUCCUUGCAUCAUCAACACCACACCAAAAAAGAAAACCACACCAAAACGUAAAAAAAACUUCCUAAACGAAGCACAAACGAGACGACGACAAAGCAGCACCGAGCGCUAUUAUAAUUGCAAUUAUUAACUGAUGAGGAGAAGAGGCAUAAAACAACAAAUGAAAACAAGCAGCGGUGCACAUUAUUGUUAUUUAUAAAUUUUCGCAAACAACAAUUGCCGCCGAAAUUUCAUAGUUUGGCUGCUGCCUGGAAAACAUUUGUUGAAAACGCGAAACUCGUUUUGUUGUCACAUUCGGCAUUAAAAUUAAUGUAACAAGCAGCAGAGCGGAGCGUCCCAGUGGUUGUCUCUCUCGCACCCACAUAAAAACGUUAUUAAAAAAAGCCGCAUGCGAGCGAGCUAAACACUGCGACGGCGACAGCAAACGAGAGAGAGCGCGCAAAAAUAAAAGCAAAUUGUAAAAAACCAAAGUGAAAAAUUAAUCGUAAAAAUUAGUAACAACACAAUAUAUACUUGCAAUAUGCAGAUGGAGUUGUUCUCUUCUGCACAUCAUCGUUAUAAUUGUUGUCUAAUGUUUCCUGCUACCGGGCGUUAGUUCAAGUCGUCGUUCGGUCCGUGGCCAAAGAACAAAAUAUAAUUGUGAGAGAGCGGCAAAGUGAAGAUCGUCAUCAUCAUCAGUGUGUGCGUGUGUGUGUGUGGUGUUUAUUUUUCGGCACUACUUUUGUAGGCCACCGCGACCCCCGGACACAGGCCAUCAAACGUCGUACAUAUGUAUGUGUAUAUGCAACAAUAAAAAUGUUAUAAAUGUCUAACAUAACCUCAAACUUGCCGCUGCAGUCGGAGAAGUCGUCGUCAUCAGCGUCAACGUUGUCGGUGGUUUUUCUCCAGCAACAACACCAACAGCAGCAGCAGCAACAACAGCCACCGGCAGCAACAACAGCCACCGGCAGCAACAUAAAAGGCCAUGAAUGAAAAAAUAAAAUCGCCCUCGUCACAGGGUUCCAGCGGCGCUGCGUCUGGUGGUGCAGGUGGGGCCACAGCAGGAGCGGCUGCCGCAGCCGCGAGUGGCGCCACACCACCAACAUCGGGUGGUCCCCCAACGCCCAACAAUGGGAGUGAUCCUAAUAUACAACAAGGUGGUGGUGGCGUCGCACCCCAUCCAUAUGGUGCUCCACCACCACCUCCUGGCGGAGCGCCUGGUGCACCACCUGACCCAUCCGCCGUCAUGCAACACUAUCAUCAUCUACAUCAACAACAACAGCAGCAGCAACCACCACAUCCCCAAGGGCCGCCGCCACCGCACAUGCAACAUCAUGGUGGCCCACCGCCACCACAAGGCCCAGCUCCACCACCCGGUGGUCCCGAACAUACUCCUGGCGUGAAAGAUGAUUACGGUGGCCCACAUCUGCCCCCGCCACCUGGCGCUCAACAUCCACACGCGCAUCCUGCCUAUGGGCGUUACCAUGCUGGUGAUCCCAAUAUGGAUCCCUACCGCUAUGGACAUCCGCCAAUGCAACAGCCACCACCGGGUGGCAAACCACCACCACCUCAUCAGCAACAACAACAGCAAGGUACCGGUGGUUCACCCAAUAGACCACCUCAACAACGUUAUAUACCCGGUCAACCGCCGCAAGGGCCAACGCCUACGUUGAAUUCAUUGCUGCAGUCAUCAAAUCCGCCGCCACCGCCGCAGCAUCGGUACGCGAAUAGCUAUGACCCACAGCAAGCUGCUUCGGCAGCUGCGGCAGCGGCUGCAGCAGCCCAACAACAACAGCAGCAGCAACAUCAACAAAAUGCGCAACAACCGGGCGGACCACCUCCGCCACCACAACAUCAACCAUAUGGAGCGCAACAGGGCGGUUGGGCGCCUCCGCCGAGACCCUACAGUCCGCAGUUGGGGCCAUCGCAGCAGUAUAGAACGCCACCACCGACAAAUACUUCCAGAGGUCAAUCACCUUAUCCGCCAGCGCAUGGUCAAAACUCAGGUUCCUAUCCAAGUUCACCCCAGCAACAGCAACAACAACAGCAGGCGGCGCAGCAGCAACAACAAGCAGCACAACAACAACAACCUGGUGGGGUUGGAGCAGCUGGCGCGCCAGCACCACCACCUGGCGCAUCGCAACAACCACAACAGCAGCAACCACAACAAACUACACCGCCAGCAUCUCAAUAUUCGCCGUACCCGCAAAGAUAUCCUACACCGCCUGGCUUACCAGGAAGCGGACCAAAUCAUCGAACUGCCUACACGACGCAUCAGUAUCCUGAACCCAAUCGGCCUUGGCCGGGUGGUUCAUCGCCUGCACCUAGUCCCGGACCCGGUGGUCAUCCAUUGCCGCCCGCCUCGCCGCAUCAUGCGCCGCCGCAGCAGCAGCAACAACAACCUCCACCGCCGCCACAUGCGACGGCCGGUGGUCCACCGCCCAGCAGUAGUCCAGGACAUGCGCCAAGUCCGUCACCGCAGCCCUCGCAGGCAUCGCCAUCGCCACAUCAGGAGCUAAUUGGCCAAAAUAGCAACGACAGCUCGAGUGGGGGCGCACACAGCGGCAUGGGCUCUGGACCGCCGGGCACCCCAAAUCCACAGCAAGUGAUGCGACCCACACCAUCGCCCACUGGCUCGUCCGGUUCACGUUCCAUGUCGCCGGCCGUAGCACAAAAUCAUCCGAUCUCGCGUCCGGCGAGCAAUCAGUCAAGCGGUGGCGGUCCCAUGCAGCAGCCACCAGUGGGCGCCGGUCCGCCACCAAUGCCGCCGCACGGUCUACCCGGUGUACCACCGCAGCAGCAGCAACAACAACAGCAGCAGCAGCAACAAUCUCAACCCCAGCAGGCUUCAAAUUCAGCCUCAUCGGCGAGCAAUUCGCCACAGCAGACACCGCCACCAACGGCGCAGCCAAAUCAAAGCAUUAACAACAUGGCCACACCACCGCCACCGCAGGGUGCAGCCGGUGGCUAUCCCAUGCCACCACACCUCAUUGGCACCUAUAAAAUGGGCGGACCGGGACAAAGUCCCGGCGCACAGGGCUACCAUCCGCCACAACAGCCGCAACAAUAUGCGCAAGGCAACUACGCGCCACGCCCACAGUAUCCGCCGGGAGCCUAUGCCACCGGUCCACCGCCACCGCCUACAAGUCAAGCCGGUGGUGUUGGCGCCAAUAACAUGCCACCCGGCGCACAAGCAGGCUAUCCGGGCCGACCCAUGCCCAAUCAUAGCGGCGGAAGUCCGCAUGCACCGUAUCCGCCCUAUCAGUGGGUGCCACCGUCGCCACAGCAAUCCGUGCCCGGCGGCGGAGCGCCCGGACAGGUGGGCAAUCAUGUGCAAAACAAGGGCACCCCACCACCGGUGGGACCGCCACCAACUCAAGGAGGUGGCUCACCACGUCCUAUCAACUAUCUGAAACAGCAUUUACAGCACAAAGGUGGCUACGGGGCCAGCCCCACACCGCCGCAGGGCUAUGGCAAUGGGCCCGCAGGCAUGCAUCCCGGCAUGCCAAUGGGUCCACCUCAUCAUAUGGGUCCGCCGCACGGACCAACGAGCAUGGGUCCGCCAACAAGUACGCCCCCACAGUCGAUGAUGGGCGCACAGGCGGGCAGUGAUAGUGGACCCCCGGAGCAUAUAUCGCAGGAUAAUGGCAUUAGCUCAUCGGGUCCUACUGGCGCAGGCAUGCAUGCGGUCACAUCGGUGGUUACUACCGGUCCGGACGGCACGCCUAUGGAUGAAGUUAGUCAGCAGAGCACGCUCUCGAAUGCAUCGGCGGCAUCCGGCGAGGAUCCACAAUGCACCACACCAAAGUCGCGCAAAAACGAUCCAUAUAGCCAAAGUCAUUUAGCACCUCCGAGCACUUCGCCACAUCCUGUUGUCAUGCAUCCGGGAGGUGGAGCGCCAGGCGAGGAGUACGAUAUGAACUCGCCACCCAAUUGGCCGCGUCCAGCUGGUAGCCCGCAGGUGUUCAACAGUCAUGUGCCUGUGCAGCCGGAACCAUUUCGUAGCACUGUUACUACCACCAAGAAAUCGGAUUCAUUGUGCAAACUCUAUGAGAUGGAUGAUAAUCCAGAUCGAAGGGGCUGGCUUGAUAAGCUGCGCGGCUUCAUGGAGGAGCGCCGCACCCCCAUCACCGCCUGCCCAACAAUCUCAAAACAGCCACUCGAUUUAUAUAGGUUAUACAUUUAUGUAAAAGAACGUGGCGGAUUCGUCGAGGUAUGCAAGGUGACCAAAAGCAAAACAUGGAAGGAUAUUGCGGGUCUGCUGGGCAUUGGAGCCAGCAGCAGCGCCGCCUAUACGCUAAGGAAGCACUACACCAAGAAUUUGCUGGCCUUCGAGUGUCACUUCGAUCGUGGAGACAUCGAUCCACUGCCCAUCAUACAGCAGGUGGAGGCGGGCAGCAAAAAGAAGACAACAAAGGCAGCCUCAGUGCCAUCGCCAGGUGGUGGUCAUUUGGAUGCGGCAACAACAAAUUCGACAGGCUCGUCGAACUCACAGGACUCAUUCCCAGCGCCGCCCGGCGCUGCGCCCAAUACUACAAUCGAUGGCUAUGCAGGCUAUCCGGGCGCAGGCGCCUACCCGGGAGCUGCCGGUCCGCAGCCGGAUUAUGGGGCCGCGGGCCAAAUGCAGCGACCUCCAUCUCAGAGCAAUGCGCAGACACCGCAUGCAGGCACACAAAAUCAAACAGCCGCUGAUAAUAUAAGCGUGAGCAAUCCCUUUGAUGAUCCAAUUGCUGGCGGUGUUGCCUCCGGCGGAGCUGCUGCUGCUGGUGUUGCUGCAGGUGUUGGAGGCGGCGGUGGACCGAACCAACCACCACCCCCACAAUCACCGCACGCCGCCGCAUCCCAAGCGGGUGGUCAUCCACAACAGCAAUCGGGCUCAGCAUUGCCGCCUUCGGCCCAACCAUCGCAGCAUCAGCAACAGCAGCAGCCGGCAGGCGCACCACCGCCACCACAUGGGCCACCGGUGCCGUCGUCGCCGCAGCAUGCGCGCCCCGCCACUGGAGCACCUUAUCCGCAGGGUAGCUCUGGGUAUCCAACGCCUGUGUCUAGAACGCCAGGUUCACCCUAUCCCGCACAGCCGGGUGCUUAUGGCCAAGCAUAUGGUUCGUCUGAUCAGUACAAUGCCACUGGACCACCCGGUCAGCCGUUUGGACAGAAUCAAGGACAAUAUCCGCCACAGAAUCGCAAUAUGUAUCCUCCCUAUGGGCCCGAGGGAGAAGCACCCCCAGCCGGUGCUAAUCAGUACGGACCCUAUGGCAGUCGGCCAUAUAGUCAAGCACCUCCAGGUGGACCACAGCCACCAGCGCAAGGCGUUGCGGGCGGACCACCGACAACGGGGGCACCAGUAGCGCCACCUAGCGGCGCCUACGCGCCAGGAACUCCCACACAGCAGGACUAUUAUAAUAGGCCGCCAGAACAAAGUCCACAACCUCGACGACAUCCCGACUUUGCCAAGGACUCACAGCCGUAUCCUGGCUAUAACACGCGACCUCUCUAUGGUGGUUGGCCAGGCGGCACCGCGUAUCGUCCUCAAUACCCUUCCUCGCCAGCGCCACAGAACUGGGGCAAUGCACCACCAAGAGGCACUGCACCACCCGGCGGUCCACAUGUGCCGCCAAAUCAACAGCCUGCCGGUGCAGCCCAAUGGGAGCAGCAUCGUUAUCCGCCACAACCGGCACCUCCGCCACAGCAACAACAACCGCCUUAUCAACAGGGUGCGCCACCAGGACAGCAACAACCACAAGCACCACCACAAUGGGCACAGAUGGGUGCUGUACCAGCGCCACAGCCUGGCAUUGCACCACCCGGUUCACCAUUGCGUGCGCCAGCCGGUGGAGCGCAACAGCAGCGUUUGCCUAGCGGUGUUCCGGGAAUGUCGCCGCAACAACAGCAGCAACAGCAACAACAACAGCAGCAGCAACAACAACAACAGCAACAGGGGCAAGCGGUGCAACAACCACCGCAUGUGGGCGUGCCCGCGCCAGGGAUGCCGCCUGGAGCUGGGCCCAUGGUCAAACCACCCUAUGUAAUGCCACCGCCUUCGCAGACGGCCGGCGCAACACCUGGCGUGCCUAUUGGUGUUGGUGGUGGACAGCCCGUACCAGUGGGACUGCCACCUGGCAGCAUGAUGCCACAAAAACCGUCAACAAUGCCGCCACAGCCACAACAACAGCAGCCACCGCAACCCCAUCAAUUGCCACCCAAUCAGCAGGCGGUAUAUGCGCCACCACAAGCACCCGGGCCUGCUGCCCAGUUGGCCAAGAAGGAGCUUAUCUUCCCGCAUGACAGUGUUGAGGCUACCACGCCGGUGCUCUAUCGUCGCAAACGGCUGACCAAGGCUGAUGUUUGCCCCGUCGAUCCCUGGCGCAUAUUCAUGGCGAUGCGAUCUGGUCUGCUCACCGAAUGCACCUGGGCCCUGGAUGUGCUUAAUGUACUGCUCUUUGAUGACUCCACUGUACAGUUCUUUGGCAUCUCCCAUUUACCCGGACUGCUGACAUUGCUUCUGGAACACUUUCAAAAGAAUCUCGCCGAAAUGUUCGACGAACGCUGCGAGGAGGCGCUCGACGAGGCAGACGAUGAUACGGACAGCGGCACCGUGAUGACAACACAGACAACGGAGAAGUCUGAGAUGUCACAAAAGCUGCGUCGGCGGCAGCCACGUUGCGUGCGCAGCAUUUGCAGCUAUAAUCGGAAACGUCACUAUGAGAAUAUGGAUGUGGCGAAACAACGUGGCGAAGAUUCCGACGAUGCCGACGAAGGCAUCGAUCUGGGACAGGUGCGUGUUCAGCCCAAUCCUGAGGAGCGUUCGCUACUGCUCUCCUAUACGCCCAAUUAUACGCUUAUCUCACGGAAGGGCGUGCCAGUGCGGAUACAACAGGCGCAUCAUGACAUAUUUGUCGAUGAGCGCCAGAAGUCUUGGGAUUUUGAUACAAAUAAACUGUAUGAGCAACUGGAGCCGGUGGGCAGUAAUGCAUGGACCUAUGGCUUCACGGAACCCGACCCUCUCGACGGUAUUGUCGAUGUGUUCAAAUCGGAGAUCGUAGACAUUCCAUUUGCUCGCUAUAUACGCGGCGACAAGCAAGCGAAACGAGAGCAGGCGGCGGCGCUUAAGAGCAAGAGUAAUGGCAAUGGCAACAAUAGCACAAAGGCAACCGAGGAUCCGUCGUGUGUUAGCAUUAAGCAGGAGGAUAAUACUGCAACCGGUACGGAAGAGAACAGUUUAUUGCAGCAAAGCUACAACAAAAAGCGACGACUCGUCACAGUCGGCGGAAGCUCUGUUGUCCCAAGUGGGGAAGGGAAAAAGUCAAAGCUGGACGAAGAGUUUGCGCAGCCUGCGGUCGAGAUCAAAAAGGAGCCAACAGCAACAGCCGCAACCACAAGUAGCGGUGGGAAUUCAACGACCAGCGACAGUGACUGUCGUGCCGUUGACAUGGAUAUUGAUUCUCCACAGUCACAGACCCAGCAACAGCAGCAGCAACGUCUUACCAAUGGCAUCGAAGCGUCGCCACUCAAAGGUUUUGAUCCCAAGACGACAGUAAAGGAUGUAGCGCAGGUGUUGCAACGUCGACGCGACUCCAGUUUUGAGGAUGAAUGCUACACUCGUGACGAGGCCUCGCUAUAUCUGGUGAAUGAGAGUCAGGACUCAUUGGCGCGUCGCUGCAUAGCCCUGUCGAACAUCUUUCGCAAUCUGACAUUUGUGCCCGGCAACGAAACGGUGCUGGCCAAAUCCACCCGCUUUCUGGCCGUGCUCGGACACCUGCUGCUUCUCAAUCAUGAACACUUGCGGCGUACACCCAAAACACGCAAUUACGAUCGCGAGGAGGACACAGAUUUCAGUGAUUCGUGCAGUUCACUACAGGGAGAACGCGAAUGGUGGUGGGACUAUCUGAUUACCAUACGUGAGAAUAUGCUGGUAGCUAUGGCUAAUAUUGCUGGCCAUUUGGAGCUCUCACGCUACGAUGAGCUCAUUGCACGCCCACUUAUCGAUGGGCUGCUGCAUUGGGCUGUCUGCCCCAGCGCCCAUGGUCAGGAUCCAUUCCCUUCGUGUGGUCCGCAUGCAGCGCUUUCCCCACAGCGUCUGGCUUUGGAGGCGCUCUGCAAGCUCUGCGUUACAGAUGCCAAUGUGGAUUUGGUUAUAGCAACGCCACCGUUUUCGCGUCUGGAAAAGCUGUGCGCCGUCCUCACGCGUCAUCUGUGUCGCAAUGAGGAUCAGGUGCUGCGUGAAUUCUCCGUGAAUCUUCUGCAUUAUCUGGCUGCUGCCGACAGCGCCAUGGCGCGCACAGUGGCACUCCAAUCACCUUGCAUAUCGUAUCUGGUGGCGUUCAUUGAGCAGGCUGAGCAAACGGCACUGGGUGUGGCCAAUCAGCAUGGCAUCAAUUACCUGCGCGAAAAUCCUGACUCUAUGGGCACCAGUUUGGAUAUGUUGCGACGGGCAGCCGGCACGCUACUCCAUCUGGCCAAACAUCCCGAUAAUCGCUCGCUAUUCAUGCAGCAGGAGCAACGUUUGUUGGGUCUGGUCAUGUCACACAUACUGGACCAGCAGGUGGCUCUUAUUAUAUCACGUGUGCUCUAUCAAGUCUCCAGAGGUACGGGACCCACGCACUCCGUCGAAUAUCGAUUGUUGCAACAGCGACAGCAACAACUACUAAGACCUACAGCAGCAUCAACGUCAACAACACUGUCAACGGCAGCUAUUGCUACAGAAAAGCUUGCAACCUCCAGUCUCGCUGGAUCAUCGCUUGUGAAAAGCGAGUGCAACAUCAAACAGGAACCCGCAACCGAAUCUGCAAAGCCGCCAGCAGCUCCUGUCCAAGACGAGAACAGCAACAGCAGUAGCCAGCAAUUACCUCCGGCAGCAACAUUUAACGAUGUCAGCAACAGCAGCACCAACAGCAACAGCUGCGGCACCGCCAGCAGCAAUCUAAGCAACAGCAGCAGCCUGGGCAGCAUCAGCCAACAGGCCCCGCCCACACUUAACAACGUUGCUGCCACCAAUUCGAUGGCGCAUUCAGACCAGACACAUCCAGCUGUGGCUCUUGUUGGUGGCAACAACAACAACAGCAGUAAUAGCAGCAGCAACAGCAGUAGUGAUCAGCAACAACAACAGCAACAAUUGCAACUAGGCAAGGCGGCAGCAACAUUGAGCAAUUUGAAUGCAGCAGCAACCGCUGCCAAUACAACAGCUGCAGCGGCAGCAGCAAAUUCAGCGGCGGCGGCGGCAGCGGCAGCAGCAGCCAGUGUAGCACCCACACCACCUCCCCCUCCGCCCCCAGCGAAUGCGGGAACAACGGCAGCCGUUGCGUAGUAUACGACAAUGUUGCCAGCGGCUUACUAUUGGCAACGAGGCGGUGCUGUGGAUUAGUGACACAGACAGACACACACACAUACACACAUUGAAUAUGUUUAGGUUUUUGCGAGCAUUUUCCCCCAACACGUAACUAAAAUCGCAGCUAACUUAAGAGAAUUUAUUAUAUAUGCAGCAUGCAGUAAAGUGUUGAGAGAACUGUUGAGAGAGAAAAGCGAACUACUCGUUUGAAACAAAGAAACAAAUAUGAUUGUAAAUUAAUAACUAGGAGCAGCGUGUAUGUUUGUUUAUAAGCCACUUACUAAUGUAGCAUAGUUAUCGUAUCGUAUAUGUGUAUGUAUGUAUGUAUGUACGCUAUAAAUUAUAUAAGCAAUUGUAAAACGCUGCAAUGCUUUUUAAAGCACGGCAUGAUGUAGGCAGCAACAAAAAUGUUGUCACUCACAUGAACACACACACACAUUUACCAUACACACACACACACACACAAUAAUUGUAUAUUUUUCCACCAACAACUCUAGUAAAUACUUGCAUACACACAUUAAUAUAUAUAUAUAUAAACAUUAACACUUGUGUAGUCGCAUGCAAAAGUUUUAGUAAUAAAUUUUUAAGCGGCAGGCAAAAAACUAAGAAAAAUUUCAAACAGAAAACAAACAUAUACGGGAAAAACAAAUCUGAAGAAAAUUAACAAGAAAUGCUUGUGCAAGAACUUAAGAGGAAGAAUAAACACAACAACAAAAUAUGUAUUAAAUUUAAAUCUAAAGAUAAGUACUAACUAUACCUACACAUACAUACGCAUAUGCACUCGAUGGUUUAUACAUAAAACAUGUACUACUAUAAAUUGUAUACACAUAACGAGAAUCAUAUAUUAAAUAUAUAUAAAUAUAUACACACAAAACGAAAGGAAAUCAACCUAAUUAUAUAAACGCUAAUAUAUAUAUAUAAAUAAAUAUAGAACAUAGUUUUUAAAUACAUGCUACUACUACUACUACUACUACAAAAACAUAAAGUAACUCAUAUAGUGAACAAAUAAAGCGCGAGAAAACUCCCACAACAACAAUAACAACAAAAACAACAACAGCGUAAAAAGAAUACAAUUUGUCAGCAGAAACGAGGAGAGAGGAGUUUCUCAUGUGGUGUGCGCCAAUAAUUCGAAACAAAUUACUAAACUCAAUUGUAAAUAUUUAAAGGUCAGGUCUUGUGUGGGUUUCUGUGCACUCUUCUUUUUAUAAAACUUAGUUGCAGGCCUCCAUACAUGCCUAUACGAUGUAGAUUAUCGCCGUUGGGUUCAGGAUCAUAACACUUUAAUGUGCCUGUGCCCUGCGGCUGAAGCAUGUGUAAAUUUGUAUGUGUGUGUUGUGUAUGUACGUGGAUGUGUGUGCAUGUGCGUGUGUGUGGGUCGUCCUUGUUCUU